CUCACGUCAAACGCUUUUGCCGUCGCGUCGUCAGAUAAACCAAAUGUCUCGCCGUGUUUACGUGUGAUUCCCCUUUUUUGCUUCAAUCCGAAGGCAAAAUAAAUACACUGACCUUAACCGAUACGGCUCACCGUUUAACCGCUAACCGUUAACCGUUUCGUGGCCGUCGACGAUAAGGAAUCAAGAAACAACAUCACCCUGCAGAUUCUGUUUUGUUUUGUUUUUUUGUGCAGUCCAGAAUUUUUUGAAAACCUGACAAGAUUAAAGAAAAUUGUGUUUGAAAAGUGCGUAAAGUGUGGAGUAUUUAAACUUAAAAAAAAAAACAUAUAUAAAAAUCAAACAACAGCAAGGUGGGAGGUCCAAAGAAUAUAAAUAAAAAACACACUGGUUUCCGCCUGAGAUUUUCAAAAUACCGUUUCAGAUCAUGAAAACAUAAUGCAAUGAAACAUGAAUUUUUUUGAAACAACAAGAAGAGAAAUAAAGUGUACAAGUCAGUGAGUGUCCCAAACAAAAAGUUUUAAAAAAAAAGAAACAAAAACAAGUACCUGUAGAACAAAAACAAAAUAAAGCAUCUAAAAAUUUCAAAAGUCAAACUAGAGAGAUCCCUUUUUUGGAGAGAUCGCCGUGGGAAACCCUUUCUGCAUGACGCACUUGGUUGUUUGAAACGGUUAUGUGAUGAGAUACGACGUCCAGGAGCUGCUAUUUCAUCAGUCUGCUGAGGAUCCAUUCGCCAGGUUCGCCAAUGGGAUGGCAUAUCAUCCAUUUCUGCAGCUAACGCAACGACCCACUGACUUCAGCGUUUCCUCGCUGUUGACGGCGGGUAGCAACAAUAACAACAGCGGCAACACCAACAGCGGAAACAACAACUCCAAUUCCAACAACAACACCAAUUCAAACACCAAUAACACCAACAAUCUCGUGGCCGUUUCACCAACGGGUGGUGGUGCGCAGUUAUCGCCGCAAAGCAACCACAGCAGCAGCAACACCACCACCACCAGCAACACCAACAACUCCAGUUCCAAUAACAACAAUAAUAACAGUACCCAUAAUAAUAACAACAACCACACGAAUAACAACAACAAUAAUAAUAAUAACACAAGUCAAAAGCAAGGACACCACUUGAGCACCACCGAGGAACCGCCAUCGCCCGCUGGCACACCACCGCCCACAAUUGUUGGUCUACCGCCAAUACCACCGCCCAACAACAACAGCAGUAGCAGCAGCAGCAACAACUCAGCUUCAGCCGCCGCCCAUCCGUCGCACCACCCAACCGCCGCACAUCACUCACCCAGUACGGGUGCCGCCGCACCGCCCGCCGGCGCCACAGGCUUGCCGCCACCCACACCGCCGCACCACCUGCAACAACAACAGCAGCAACAACAGCACCCGGCCCCACCACCACCACCGUACUUUCCAGCUGCGGCACUGGCCGCUCUAGCUGGAAGUCCGGCCGGACCGCAUCCGGGUCUGUAUCCCGGCGGUGGAUUGCGCUUCCCGCCGCACCACCCAGGUGCCCAUCCGCACGCCCAUCAUCUGGGCAGCGCCUAUACUACCGCCGAGGACGUCGUCCUUGCCUCGGCCGUCGCCCAUCAGCUGCAUCCGGCGAUGCGACCGCUGCGGGCGCUUCAGCCCGAGGACGAUGGCGUCGUCGAUGAUCCCAAGGUCACGCUGGAGGGCAAAGACCUGUGGGAGAAGUUCCACAAACUGGGCACGGAAAUGGUCAUCACCAAGAGCGGCAGACAAAUGUUUCCGCAAAUGAAAUUUCGUGUUUCGGGACUGGAUGCCAAGGCUAAAUACAUCUUGCUACUGGACAUUGUGGCGGCGGACGAUUAUCGUUAUAAAUUUCAUAAUAGUCGCUGGAUGGUGGCUGGCAAAGCGGAUCCCGAGAUGCCAAAACGCAUGUAUAUCCAUCCAGAUUCGCCCACAACGGGUGAGCAAUGGAUGCAGAAAGUUGUUUCAUUUCACAAAUUAAAAUUGACCAACAAUAUUAGUGAUAAACAUGGAUUUACGAUCCUGAACUCGAUGCACAAGUACCAGCCGCGUUUCCACCUGGUGCGAGCCAAUGACAUCCUGAAGCUGCCGUACUCCACGUUUCGCACGUACGUCUUCAAGGAGACCGAGUUCAUCGCCGUCACAGCAUAUCAAAAUGAGAAGAUAACUCAAUUGAAAAUCGAUAACAAUCCGUUUGCGAAGGGCUUUCGUGAUACUGGUGCCGGCAAGCGGGAAAAGAAUUGUUACAGGCAGGCACUGAUGUCGAACCGAGGGUCCGAUUCGGACAAGUUGAAUCCGACGCAUGUGAGCAGCUCGCGGGCACCGCUCCACCUGGGCCACGCCGGCCGUCCGCCUCAUCUGCAUCCCCAUGCCGCCCUGCUUGAUAAUCAGCAGGACGACGACGACAAGCUCCUGGACGUGGUGGGUCCGCCACAGAGUCCGCUACUCCCGCUCAGCCACUCGCUGCAGCAGAUGCACGCCCACCAGCACUCCGCUCUGGCUGCCUGGUUUAAUCACUUGGCUGGCGCUGGAGCCGGAGCCUCCGAACAUGCAGCUGCGGCGGCGGCCAAUGCCAGUGCGGAGGAUGCACUGCGUCGUCGCUUGCAGGCGGACGCGGAUGUGGAGCGGGAUGGCAGCGAUUCGAGUUGCUCGGAAAGCGUCGGCGGCAGUACCGGCGGUGCCUUUAGGCCCACCUCGACGGGCAGUCCCAAGGAGGCGGUGGGCGCGGCUGCAGCUGCCGCAGCGGCUGGCUUGAAUCCCGGUGGCGGUAGCUAUCCGUCACCGAAUAUAUCGGUGGGUCCGCCCAUUCACCCGUCGCCGCAUUUGUUGCCUUACCUGUAUCCACAUGGCCUGUAUCCACCGCCGCAUCUGGGCCUGCUGCACAAUCCCGCUGCAGCGGCGGCCAUGAGUCCGGCUGGCCUGAAUCCGGGUCUGCUCUUCAAUGCCCAACUGGCGCUGGCCGCCCAGCAUCCGGCUUUGUUUGGCCACGCCUACGCGGCGGCGGGUCACACACCGGUAUCACCAUUACAAGGCCUAAAGAGCCAUCGCUUUUCGCCGUACAGUUUGCCCGGCAGUUUGGGCUCCGCCUUCGAUGCAGUGACUCCUGGAUCGAACGCAAAUCGCUCGGGAGAUCCUCCAGGCGGCGGCGGCGGCGGCCUGGGUGGUGGUGUGGUGGAGAAUGGUCCCAGGAGUCUGAGUUCCAGCCCUCGUCCCCGACCUGCCUCCCACUCGCCGCCCACUCGACCGAUUUCGAUGUCACCCACAACGCCGCCAUCCCUGAUGAAGCAACCACGUGGCGGUGGUGCUGGCGCCGGUGUGGCCCAAUCGCAGCACUCGCCUUCGGAACUUAAGAGCAUGGAGAAGAUGGUCAACGGACUGGAGGUUCAACACAAUGGCAGUGCGGCGGCAGCAGCGGCGGCUCUUCAGCUGGCCGAGGAAGCUGCCCAGCAUCAUCAUCACACCCAGGCGCACCACCAGCAGCAGCAGCAUCAGUCGCACCACCAGCAACAGCACCACCAGCAACCGGCACAACCACAUCCGCACCACCAGACCCAUCUACACUCGCACCAUGGGGCGACAACGGGCGGUACGGAUCAGUGACAAUUACUGGACGGCCGCUCCGAUUGUGAGGAUGCCGGUCUCGAAUUGGAACUAGAGUUGGAGGAGGAUGUCGAGGAUCUGGAUCAGGAUCCGGAUGAGCAGGACGAGGAUCGCAGCUCGGUCAUCGAUCUUGAUCUGGACGUCGACGUCUGACCGCGAACGGAUCAGCGACAUUGCCUCUAGCCUCUGAACUACACGGCCACCGUCUUUGUGGUUUAGCGUAGUGUAUAUGUACAUAUAUAUAUCGGACGAUUUGGACCCUAGACUAUAGGCAUUUGUAGCAUAUAUAGUGUGUAUUCCUCUCUCGUUGCGAACUCACUCUGCCCGUUUAUCGCCAGUGUUAAGUAACAUCUUUUUUUUUUUUUGUCUCGUUUCUAAGCAAAGCCUAGCCCCUAGAAAUCGCUGGCGAUUCGCUGGCAAAGUGAUGGAGAGGUCUAAUUGAAGACAGAAGGUAGCAAAAACAGAAGAAAAAAAAAAAAUAACACAAAAAGGAAACAAAAAACAGGAAAAAGUUAAGGCGACGUGGCAAGAGAAUCGUCGUAACUUUUAGCGCCUUGAAGGUUCCAGACUUCAAGAUCAAACAGACGGAAUAAAAUGAGAAGUAAGGGCAAGGGGCUAUCCUCAGACAAAUUUAUGUAUCACCCAUAUAUGUAUAUUGAUUGGAUUGAAAAUAGCAACAUCAAAGAUGGCGCCUCUUUAUAUACAUCUAGAACACGCAUAUAUAUAUAUAUAAAUAUAUAUAUAUAGUAUAUAUAGAAGCUGGUAUAUAUACAGAAUGUAACCUUAGUAAAACAUACAAGAAAAAACAAAGAAAAACAAAAACCCACAAAAAAAAAAUACCACAAAAACAAAAUAAAUGCAAUUUUUUUUCUUAGUCUUAGGUGGAUGAAUUUUUUUUUUAGUAAACGUAAAUAAAACCUAUAUACAUAGAAUAUAUAUACAUGAAUAAUUUAUGUAGCUUUUAAGUACCAAGAUACCGUAAACACUCAAAAAGGAACACACACAUGCAGCACCAACCCCUCACACACACAACCACACACACACACACCAGUGACGAAUUUUCUUCGUAGACGAUAGAAAAUGCUUAUAAACUAUAUAAACUAUGAGAACUUGAGUUUUCCUAAUUUUACCAUAAUAUUUUUCCAAUUUUUUUUUCGUACUUUUAAGUUCUAAAACCAAAGAAGAAAGUAAUCAUUUUUUUUUUUUCGUAUUUGUAUUUUAAUUUCGGAACCCCCUGAGAUGCUAAUUUAGGGCAAGAGUUCUGUGUGUGUUUAAAUCAUAAAUAUAUAUGUAUGCGUAUAUAUAAACUAUAAUUGUAUUGAUAAAAAAAAUAUAAUUUUUUUUUAGUAAAGUACAUUUUUUUGUGUAAGACGUAUUGAAUCGAAAAAAAAAAUGAAAAGAGUUGAAUUCAACGCAUGUUCCUCGCAUAAUUUAAGAGAGAGCGACAAAGACGCAGCUAACACACACCCGCACGCACACACCUCCCUCGCACACCAAUACACACCAGUACACUCACACAGUACACACACACACAACCAGUAAGGAGAAAAAAGCAAGAAAAUUCACAAAAAAAAAAUAAUAAAUUAAAGUACAUUUCCGUAGCGAUUUGUUUUCCUUGUAACCCAAUAAUAUUGCAACACCACACAAUCUUCAUCGCAUCAUCAUCAUCAUCAUCAUGAUCAUCAUCACCUGUAUCAUCAUCGCAUAGGCAUUCUUAUGAUGAAAGAGAAUUAUUUUUUUUUUUCUGUUGGUUAGCUGUUUUUUGAAAAUGAAUUAUACGCAAAAGCAAUAUUAAUUAUAGUUAAUUAAAUUUAAAACAAACGCAAACAACCCGAAACAACAAGAACAGCAAAAACAGCAACAACAAGAACAACAAGAACAAAUUAUGUACGAAAGGAUAUAUAUAUUUAAAUAUAUAUAUAUAUGUAUAUGGAUAAAAUUAAUGAAGAAGCAACAACACCUCAUGUCACUGCAAUUAUAUAUAAAAUUAAUUAAACAACAACAAAACAAAGGAAAUUAAAU